UAUCAGUGUAGCUGCCAUAGCUAGAUUAGUGUACAAUAGUUUCUGCAUCGUUUUGAACGGCCUUCAUAAAAUAAUUCUUAUUGUUUAAUCUAAAUACAAACAUACAUAGGUAUAGUUAAAUAUAGGCAUGUUUGAUUACAACAAUUUUGAUAAGAAUAUAAUUGGAUAACAAAUUUUCUGAGCCUGUAGAGAGUACCAGUGAUAAAAACAAUCUUCGCAAACUAUUAAAAAUGUUUGUAUCAAGGCUUAAUAAUAACAUGAAAUUUUUAAAAAAUAAUGUUACACGAACGCUCGUUCGUUCUCUGUCUACGCAAAAUGCACAAAAUGAAAAUUCUAGUCCAGUAGUGUUCCAGAAGUUAGGUGGUGCCGAUCGCGGCAUCGCUGUAUACGGCCUCAACAGCCCUCAAGACAGAAAUGCUAUAGGUUUCCAACUUCUGCAAGCGAUGAAAGAAGUCAACCGAAUUCUACGAGAAGACACAAAGAUCUCUGUCGUUAUUCUUCACAGUUUAGUGCCUGGCAUAUUUUGUGCUGGUGCACAUUUAAAGGAGCGCUUUCAAAUGUCUGACGAGGAGGCGUCUAACUUUGUCCGUCAGCUCAGAACUACCUUCAUAGAAAUAGAGGACCUUCCUAUGCCCACAAUAGCAGCUUUAGAUGGCGUCGCUGUCGGCGGUGGGUUAGAGCUGGCGUUGGCUUGUGAUAUUAGGAUAGCAUCAGAAACGGCUAGGCUUGGGUUAGUGGAAACUGGACGAGGCCUGAUUCCUGGCGCUGGAGGCACCCAGAGGUUGCCCCGUGCUAUUCACCCCAAUGUUGCAAAGGAACUUAUAUUUACUUCUCGUAUUGUAAAUGGUAAAGAAGCUAAGGAAUUAGGUAUAGUAAACCAUGUGGUGUCACAGAAUAGCAAUAAUAACUCUGCGUAUGAGAAGGCCCUCAACUUGGCUAGAGAGAUAAUACCAAAUGCACCAAUAGCCCUCCGAUGCGCCAAGCAAGCAAUCAACGAAGGAGUCCAGCUCAGUAUCAAGGAUGGAUAUGAAGUGGAACAGAAGUUUUAUGAAAUCAAUAUACCCACCAAGGAUAGGAAAGAAGGAAUGAUAUCAUUUAUAGAGAAGAGGAAACCUCGUUACGAGGGACACUAAGCUUAAAAUGUUAAAUUGAAGGUUUCAAUUUAAUAAAAAGAAUGUUACUAUAAUUACCCAUUGGACGAUAGCUUGUAGUGGUCGAUUCCAUCAGAUAUCACAAUCAAUGGUUAACAUGAUAUAGGUGAAAGACGUUCAUCAUCCUUCAGUUACCCUUAUUUUAUCCAUCAGUCACAUUACACUUGCCACUCAGUUGGCAACAACAACUAUUGUCCAAUGGGUGUAGACUUGACUGCCUUCAUUAAAUAUUUACCAGUUAUCUAGAAGAUUGUUAACAUGGGACCAAUAUUUUCAUAGUAUAUUAUAUACAUAUAGCUGUAGUGCCAUUUAUCGUUGUUACUUGUUAAAAUGGUUAUAUAUUGUUUGUGACAAAUAAAUAAAUAUUUUUAUACUCAUAUAUACACAAAUAAUAUAUUUUAUAAAUUGUUAUUAAUAUAUUGUUAUAUAAGAAA